AGUGCCAGGUGUGCGAGAGCCGUUUUAAUUGCAAUCAGCGUUAGGCAUUUACACCUGUGGUGAGGUUUUCCGCGGACUCGCCCGAGGAUGGAUCUGAACGUGCAGAAACCCUUUGUUUGGUGCAUCGUCGUCUUCAUCUCACUUUACACAUUCGCAGAAACCCGGUUAUUACAGCACAACCGAGGCACGAGCUCAGCAAACAUCCGCACACUGGCCCGCAGUCGUUAUCAUCCAAACGUCCAGCAGCAGCAGCAGCAGCAGAGCGCGGAGCUCAGUGUGCGCCCUCGGCCCAUCGUCGUCAAAUGUCACCCGAACUCGAUGGAGGUGGUGGUGCAGGCUGACAUGUUUGAUACAGGCCUUCAGGUGGACGGUCAUCACCUGCGCCUCGGCCCUCAUUCAGUAUCUGAAGAGAGUUCGUGCAGGGCAGUCCCGUCAGGAGAGGCUGAAUUCACCAUGAGGGCUCACCUCUUGGACUGUGGAACGAAACUCUCAUCAAACAAAGAGAAGAUUAUCUACUCUACUGUCCUGGUUUACUCACCUGUAACGUCAUCCGGUAGUCUGCUUAGAUUAGAUGGAGCAACGAUUCCAGUGGAAUGCCAUUAUGAAAACAAAUAUGCAGUGGAUAGUUUUUCUCUGCUUCCCAAAUGGAUUCCUCUCGUCUCCACGACAUCAGCUCAGAACCAAGUGGAUUUCAAUUUUCGACUCAUGACUGAUAACUGGCAGUUUCAGAGGGGAGCUCACUUAUAUUUCCUUGGUGACCUCAUUCAUUUCGAAGUGUCUGCCAUCAUUGGUAAUCACUUGCCCCUGCGCGUAUUCAUCGACCACUGUGUUGCUACACCGGCUGCUGAUGCUGAGGGAACCUUAAGAUAUGACUUCAUCGAGCAUCAUGGAUGUCUUACUGAUGCUUACCUGACCAGCUCCAGCUCCCGUUUCCUACCAAGAGUUAAGGAGCACAAGCUGAGAUUUCAGAUGGAUGCGUUCAGGUUUUCUCAAGAGGCCAGAAGCCAGGUCUACAUAACCUGUCACAUAAAGGCUGUUCCUAUCACAUCAACAAUCGACUCACACAACAGGGCCUGCUCUUUAAUCGAGAAACGGUGGCAGUCCGUUGAUGGGAACGACCAGGCAUGCACAAGCUGCGAUAUCUCCCAACCAUUUGAGGAACCCUCCCCCAUAGAACCCCCCACAUCUCCAAUCGGCACCAAAGCCUGGUCCAUGAAGACUUCACAGGAAAGUUUAAUGCAGAAAAUGCCCGAACCAGCCAAUAAUGUCCAUUUCCAUCCAGGAGAGCAUCACAGCCAACACGGCAAUCUUCAUCAGUCAUCUUCUAGAUUCACGAAGAGAGCGACAGACACAAAUCUGGAGAAAACGAUGCAGCUGGGGCCUCUUAUUGUCCUCCCAUCCUGAAAAUUUAUAUCUGGGAAAACCAAUUCCAAAACUGCACUUUCAACAAAGAAUGAGACCCUGGAGAGAACUCUAGAGACUGCUGAUGGGGGGGGGGGGGGCUUUAGUCUCGUUAAUGAACAAUACUUAAUAAGUUACAGCUGUUUUUUUUUCCUGUAAAAAAGAAACCUUUAUUUUCCAAUAACUAUUUUACCACAUAAAAUGUGUGCAUGUAUCUGUGUCAUGCAAAAACACAUGAACAUAGAUAUCUGAUCUUUACAAAAAAGCCCACAUCCUGUUGUUCUUGGCCAAGAAUCUGAUAUGACUUUAGCUAACAAUUUAAUUAGUAUAGGAUUUCAAGCACUCAGACUCAUUAGGCUCAAGCUUCGAAAUUGUGUGUUUGUUUGUUUUAAAAUGCACAAUAAAUCCUUUUGCCAUCCACCCCCAAAUAUUAGUCAGACAAUACUGGAUAUUUUGAACCAAGGAGAAAAGCAGGUAUGCUAUUAUGGAGCACUUUCCUCCAUUACCACCCACACUACUUGUGUAAUCAUAUAAUUGAUUAACCAUUGUGAGCAUAUUUAAUGGAAUAUAAAAAAUGUCAUGGCUGCCACAUCCUGAAAGAUUAGUCAUCCUGGUUCUCCUUAGUAAAUGUUUACUCUUGCUGUUGUGUGUUUGAACAUGUAUGAUCAUUGUUUUUGAAUAGGUUCAUGGGAAAACUGCUUAUUGCAAACAAUUAUGAGUAAAGAAAGUAUUGCAUCAGUGUUUUUCCAUGUGUUGUUGCCGUCUACCAAGCCUUUCAUGAGGAGAGUCAGAGAGAAAUCUUUGGUGACAGACUGGAGGGAGCUCACUGCACUAAGAGCCUCACAUAAAGACCGCUGAUCAGCCGGAAAGGGCGUGUCCAGAGCUUUUAAGCGAUGACCUGGCUUGACCUCUGAAUGUACACAAAGCGGUAUUAAUAUUGCAGAUGCAAAUGGAAAUCCGUCUGCUUCUGCCAGCGAGAAGAUUUAAGAUGUUUGCCUUUAGAUGUGUCAGCACCACGGACAGCGCCCACAACAACGAGGUGCGCUGUCCUUGUUGCUGUCCGUGGUGCUGGAACGACAACUGUGACAUGACAAAGCGUCUCCCCGGGGACUUUAUUCUCAGUGCUUCCGACGCGACUAUUGAUUUUCUUGGCGCCUGUUUACUUUCAUAUUAACCAACAAAGCCUGUGCGUGUAAGUCAGUGUGCUGCUGAGUGUGGAACGAAUUGAAAUAUACUUAGGGGUUAAUAGACUUAAUGGAGUUGAUUUAUUUAAAUAUGUUUGCUAAGGUAGUGGAUCACAUACGCAUUCAUGUAAGAGUGAGACAAGUUGUGUUAUAUUCAGUGCGGGAAUACAUGGAUGUUUUUCCUGGACACGCAGUGUCCUCAUGAUGGCUCUGCGUCAGCUUAAUAACCACAGCAUCCUUCAGCGUAUUAUCGUCGAGUGAUCUCGCCCGCAUCCGGUUUCCCCAAACGUCUCCAUCGAGGUUCGAGGCAGAAAAUCCUCACUUUUUGAACAAAAUGGAGAUGUUUAUCUACAGAUACCAAGUGAUGUCGGUAUUCACUGUUUGCUUUCUUACGAGCACACUUGUUUGUUCCAUUCGAAGAUGUGGACAGGACAUUUGCCGGGAUGAUCACGUCUGCUGCCCGCAGGGAAACGACACCAUCGCUGUUACCUGCUGCAAACAGUUCGACAAUACUUAUUACAACAUCGCCAUGGUCACCCGGAAACUUUCUGGGGUGCUCAUCAUGCUGCUUCUCUUCGCUGUGGGAUACUUUGUCCAGAGAGUGUUGUGUUCUAGGUCCAGGCAGCUCACGCCGCCACACAGCGGACACCCAACUGUUACCACAUCACAAGAGCCGCUCGUGGAGAGCUGCUUACCGGACAGCUCCAUGCAUCCAGCCCCAGCUGCUCUGCUGCCCACAUACGAUGAAUCCAAACGUCUGCCCACAUAUGAAGAGACGAUGCGGGAUGGGAGCAGAGGACAGCCGGACACUUGCCUGGGGCAUUCAACAUGACGAGGACGUCGCCGGAAUGGAGUGCAGCGAAAACACUACAGAAUGGAAGUUUGAGAUUCCAUUUUAUAUCUCUUUAAAAUGGACAUUUAAGAAAACAUCUAUACCAGAACGUUGAUUGCACCAUAAAUGUGUCAAACCAUCAGGUUUGCUUCUACUUUCUUUUGGCAUAUGUAGCAGACUGGAUUGACCUGCUUAAAAACACUUAAAAUUAACCUUAACUAUUGAACUGCAAGCUAAAAAUGUCUUAUCAGGAUUUAAAACAGCUGAGGGCUAAGGAAGGUAUUGCAUUAAGUCAUAUAGUGACCUUGAUAAAUCAUCAGAGAUUAUGGAAACGUGAAAUUUAAAUAGGGCCAACAAUAGUACUAGCAGUUUAAAACUGAUUUUACAAAUUCAGCAUAUGUUUAUAGUGGAGAAAUGGAAGUGUAGCUCAUCGAUCCUUUUUCAGGUCCUGAAAGAUUCCAUUGUUUAUCUGUGAUAUAAAUGCUGUGUCAGUGCCCGUGAACCAAAGAGUUUAAUGUAUUUGUCAAAUUCUGUUUAAUUAUUGAAAGCAGGUUAUGCAUACAGUGAGUGUCCAUGGUACUCAUCGGUGCUUCUAAUGCACCAUCGUCCACAGUGUCUCGUGUCCAUAAGAAAUGUGUAGCCUCAUAUUUUUACCCAAUUCUGUCGUUGAUUUGUGUAUAGAAUACAAAUAGUGAGUUAACAUUGUAGUGCAUAACUUUUAUAUAUUAACAAAUGCCUGUCAGAGUCAAAUCCUUAUCAAAUGAGUUCAUACAAUUAUGGUUAAGCCGAUCAGCUCCACACAACUCACAGCAGGCUGGUGGAGCUGAGCACAUGGUGAAUUCCCUGUGCUGCACACAGGAAGUGAUUUGUUUCAUGUCAAGACAACAGAAAAACAAAAAGACUGAGCUAGUUAAGUCAAUCAACCAAUCAAGCAACCCUGAUUAGCACUUUGAUGGAGUAAAUGUUUCUUUCCUACCCUGCUGCUCCUGACAUUGUUUCUAUUCACAGAAACCAAAACAGAGGCAGAAUAAUGACACACUAAUAAGCACCAAAAGUUACACACUGCAGCUUUAAAUGAACUAAUGGCUAUGUUUAUGAUUGAUUGUUGAUAUACGGGAGUUUAAAUAAGUGUUUCCAGUGGGCUGCAAAUGACAUGUAAAUAAAUCAGUGUCUGCUGGUUGCUUUUAAA